GUUAUGUUAUGGGUUCUCCUCAUGUGAAGAAACUUAUAGAAAUUGACGACAACGGAGACAAACGGACAAGGCCGCAUGUGAAGAAAGCGAAGACCGAGAGGCAGGCCUUAUCGUCUCCCCAUUGGAUUCUUGGAUAGCACCAAUUGCCUUUAAAUUUUAUCGUUCUUACAAGGAGUCAUUAUGAUUUUCAAAGACCGACCCACUUUUUUCAAAGCCAUCGAUUCUAUGUACAAACGACUUUUCCUGAACACGAGCAUAAUUACUGAUGAACACCUUGACUGGCUGGUAUACUGCAACGCCAGUCUUAAAAUAUUGAAUACUGCUGAAAAACAGCAGUACUAUUAUCUUGUUUAAGCAAACCAAAGAAGUUUGUCUGCAUUAAUGCCUCAACUAUUAUGAUGGUGACUUUCACUAGGCUGUAUAGAUUGAGAAGCUCUAGCUCUUUUCUCCUAAGCUUAUAUAAUUUUUCUAUAGGGACAUGAGAGAGAGAGAGAGAGAGAUCUGGUAAGAUAAGCUCCCAUGGCGAACCUAGAGGCCGGAAGGAGCGGUGGUGGGACACCGGGAGAUGUAGGAAUUCGCGUCGUUAGGAAAGAAGAUGAACUCUGUGUUGGGGAAGUGACUGGUGGAGAGCUGUUUCGGGCUAUCGAUAACUCCAUACGCUACAAACCUAUCUUUUCUCGAAAUCAUGCUACUAGUAAAUGGUGCCUCCGCGAGCUUGCUGGGAUACUUCCCUUUUUUGACUUGAAACCUGCCGAUGUCAAGCUUAAAACAUGGUUGUAUAGUGAUGCCCCCUUGGAACACGAGAAGAAAUUCCCGGAAGAAGUGAAAGCGUGGCAGAAGGCUCUUGUGGAGGUGAAUGAAAUCAAGGGAUGAAACCCGCAGAAGGAUGAAGGGUAAACUCCACUAAGAUCCUUAAACUCAUUUGAGGGGAAAAUAAGAACACUAUCUCUUGUCACUGUUUGGUUUUAUUUUCAGUUGUUCAUAUAAGUUUUACUUGAUCAUGAAAAUAUAUUUUCAGAGGAAAUAACUGUACUUUCUUUAAUAUCUUAGAAGAGGCAAGUUCUUGUACCAGAUUCUGAGAAAUUCAUUGCUCUUCAACUUUCAUGUUUGGGGAAUACCAAUGAUUAACCAUUGUUAAUUCCGUCUCAAUGAUGUUGUUUUUCCUUAUAUAGAGUUCUACAUCAUCGAUAUUGAUUGGUCUUGUGCUGCAAUUAUGUGAUUUUCUAUGGAAAAAUGAUUGCAAGACUGACAUAUUAAUUUAUCUAAACAUAUCAAUUCACAAAUCCAAAAAGUUGCAGGAAAAACGAAAAAACGUUGCAUCUGGCUUGAACUUUAAUCUGAUCAUUUGCUUAUAGUUAGAUCUUCAUCCUAAAAUUUAAUUAUCGUUUUUUUGUCAUUAAUUAAAUAGAAGGGUUUUCUUUUUGACAGCCAGGGACAACUUAUCAAUUUGGUUGUCGGUGAGGUUUUGGAUAAGUUGAAGAUAAAGCAUAAGCCUGUGACUGAGCAUUUAGUUGGACUGACCGGUCUGGUAGAAGAAGUCAUGAAAUUACUAAAUAUUAAUUCUGGUAAUGUGCAGCUCAUCAGAAUACAUGGAAUGGGUGGAAUAGGAAAAACAACAACAGUCAAGGUCGUCUUCAACCAACCAUGUUCAUACUUUGGAAAGCGAUGCAGCUUCCUUGAAGACAUUCAAAAAGAGUUGACGAAUGAUGGCUUAGUCAAGUUGCAAGAGAAAUUGCUGUUGGACAUAGCUAAUUCUAGAACAACAGUAAGAAUUCUUGAUGCUGAUUAUGCCAUGAGGAUGACCAGAGAAAUAGCUAACGAAUAGAUAUACCUAUUAGGAUGUCCUUGAUAAAUAUAUUAGAUAACAAUAAAUUUUGGAUGCAUGACCAACUAAAAUAUCUUUGGAAGGGAAAGUGUUCAUAUAUAAAGUUUGACUGACCUUGGAGAGCGUAAUAGGUUGUAAAUAAGUGAGCAGAUCCUCGAAAUAUUAAGAACGAAAGAGGUUAAGUAAGAACAAAAACUAGUUUGCAAGUAAUAAAUUAGACAUUCCAGUACUAAAAAUUGCCUUUUCUACCAAGAAACAUUUCUUUAUAUGUGAUAAAAUAAACAGAGUUGAUGAUUAAUAAAUGUUUACUUACAAUUAGUUGGCAAAGUAACAAGGUUCAAGCAUUUGAUCUAGAUGGAAAUAUACUCCCAUCUUGAUCACAAAUGAAUAGCUUGAAAGGUUUGGAAGUUCAAAUUUCCUAAAGUUAUCUAACAUAACCUUUGUUGGAGACUUCUUAGUUCCAAAAUAAGAUGGAUUACUUGGCAUUCUCCUCAAAUUUUUGGGGCGGUCUAUAUGUAUUCAACCGAUAUUAUUGUUCUUGAACUUUCUGACAAUCACUUUAGAGAUGAUUCGGAGGUGUGAAGCUUAAUCAAGGUAUCUUAACUUAUGUGUUUGUUACGUCUACUCUUAUUUUCUUCUUGUAUUUGUCUGAUAGUUUUGCACUUGAAACAGAAUACCUUCUGUAAAUGGCAACCAGAUUUAAGGUUCUAGCUCUCGAAAAAAAAAAAUCAGCAUUUCCAGAACUGCAGACUUCUCUAAGCGCUUGACGUUAGCGAGGAUGACUCUUGAAAGAUGUGCAAUUUGACGGAAAUUGACUGUUCAAUUGGAAGACAGAAGUGCCUGAUUGACUUGAAUAUAAACAACUGCUUGUGUCUUGAAGAAUUGCCGAAAGAAAUCGGACGGCUAGUGAAACUUAAGCGCUUCUCUUUGACAGAUUGCUUUAGGGUGAGCAAACUUCCAGAUCAAUUGGGAAAUUGGCAUCCUUGAUGGAGUUGUAUCCAUCAAACAGGAGAAUUACAAGCUUACUUGAUGCAAUUUGCAGAGUAAAAUAUUUUUCAACUCUCCAUGUAUGAAGAAUGUCAAUGAACGAACUUCCAGGAGUCCAGACUCUAUGGAAGGCUGGAAGCGCUAGUGAAGCUCGACUCUUUCUCUCUGAUUAGCACUAGGAUUAGAGAGUUUCCUAUCUCCAUCGGAAAGCUGAAAUCUGUCUGUGUGUUGGAUAUUUCGUGUAAGAUGAUACCUAUAUCAACUGGAAAUGGUUGGAAGUUA